AUGGCAUCUCCUUGGCUGAUUGGCGGAGAUUUCAAUGUUAUAUUGAAUGAAGAAGAAAAAAUAGGAGGUUUACCAGUUUUUCCACAAGAAUAUGAAGAUUUUGCCUUUUGUCUGCAUUCAUGUGAGUUGCAUGAAAUGCCUUUUAAAGGGAGUCCUUUCACUUGGUGGAAUGGUAGGGCUGCUAAUGACUGCAUUUUCAAGAGGACUGGUUCUGAUCAUGCACCAUUACUUUUAUCUUGUGGAGAUCAAGUGCAGAAUUUUAUCAAGCCAUGCAGAUUUCUUAAAUUCUGGGUGGAGCAUGAUACUUUUCUUAACUUUAUUAAGCAGCAAUGGGAAGCAUACUUAUCUGAUGAUCAACUAGUGAUCAGAGAAGAUAUAGUUAAGAUUAAAGAGCAGUUAUUUGAGGAGAACCCUUUUGAAGAAAAUAGAAUGGUGAUGCAAAGGGCUCAAGCUGAACUUAAACUGUAUCUUCACUAUGAGGAAGAAUUCUGGAGGCAAAAAGCUGGGAUGGACUGUUUCUCAGAAGGUGAUAAAAAUACAAGAUUUUUCCAUAGUCUGGUAAAAGGAAGAAGGAAAAGAAUCCAGAUCAAGAGGAUUCAAGAUGCUGAUGGAAAUUGGUUAGAGGAUGCUGAUAGAGUUGCUGGUGAAGCUGUUAACUUUUUUCAUAAGCAAUUUACUCAUGAGGAGGUUAGUGAAGAUUCUCCAAUUCUUAAUCAUAUUCCUGAACUGAUUAGAGAGGAGGAUAAUAUGCUACUUGUUGAGCAACCUGUGGGCCCGCAGGCUGUGAGGCUGGCCUCGGAGGCUGUGGAGCUGAAGUCGGCGGCUCAAGAAUAG